UGCCAUCAUGACGUCAUAAGAGCAAAUGUUAAAACUACAGAAAAUCGACCAAGUAAAUUAUUUAUGCUGUCAUGUUGUAGACGACAGCGUCCGGCUCAUUUUGAAGAGGUAUCGAGUUACUCUCCAAAUAGUCUUCCAAGACACGAUUCGUCAACACGCACCAUUAUCGAAGUAAAUAAUAAAGUUUGUUGGUUGGCAGCAAGCAAGUUUCAACGAAAACGAUAUUUUACGACAUAUGGACUCGAAACAUUGUUUCGCAUUUUCAACAUAACAAAUCAAUAUUACUGACCGCUUGUCAGACUUCUACGAGAAAUGCUUCUGCGUAUCGUUUUGAUUUCAGUGUUUUACCACACGAUUUUGGAUAACAUCUUCAUGGAAAGCAAAGCAACCGGUGAAAUCAAUGGAAGAAAUGCAAUUAAUUAUUUAAAAACGUUUGGCUACAUAUCAGAAUCCACUUCCACUGGUGAUGCACAAGAAGCCAGAGAUAUUACUAAAAACCUGAUUAAGUUCCAGGAAUUUGCUGGUUUAAAACAGACAGGCAAAUUUGACGAGGAAACCUUAAAGUUAAUGAAUUCUCCCAGAUGUGGUGAGAAAGAUCCCAUUUAUUACCACAAGAAACGACGACGUCGAUAUGUCACGGAAGGAACCAAAUGGAAGAACAAGGAUUUGACGUAUCGUAUCGUGAAUGAUCCUUAUGAGGGCGACACCAAGUUAUCACCUGAGUUGAUACAGAAAACAAUUAAAGCAGCCUUUCAAAAAUGGUCUCGUGUUGCUGAUCUCACUUUCACUGAGCUGGAAGAUGGUGAAGCUGAUAUUAUGAUUAAAUUUGCAUCCGGUGAACACGGUGAUGAUUACAAGUUUGAUGGUCGUGGAAGGACACUCGCGCAUGCGUUCUAUCCGGGUAGCAACUUCGGUAUCGCUGGCGAUGCUCAUUUUGAUCUUGACGAGAAAUUUUCUCUCACCGAAGAAGAUUCCACAAACUUCAUAUGGGUGACGACACACGAGUUUGGACACAGUCUGGGACUAGAACACAGUAAUGAUGUCGAGGCAGUAAUGUACCCAUGGUACACUGCGGGCAGGAUGGGAAAUAUUGAUCUGAGUAAAGACGAUAAACGUGGCAUACGAUUUUUGUACGGUAAAUCUCAAGGACGUAAGCAUGAACCUCUUGUUAUUUUGCCAUUUCCACCACGAAAAGAAUGCCAAUUUUCUUUUGAUACAAUAUUCUACGAUACACGACAAAACAAGAUCUUUGCGUAUAAGGAAUUUGAUUUUUACAUAUUCAACAUUAACGGCGAGAAAUCUAAAGGACCACGAACUAUUCGUAAAAGAUGGCACGAAUUAAACAGUAAAGUGAGAGCUGCUUAUACAAGACCCGAUGGUCACACAAUCUUCUUCACCAAGUAUAGUUACUAUGAAUACGAAGGAAAGAGAUGGAUCAGUGGUCCAAAGUUUAUCGAAGAAUACGGUCUAACUGCGGAACUUCGUGAAAUGGAUGCUGUUAUGUCGCUGACAAGAAGCAGAGAAACAUAUUUCUUCAAAGGAGGUAAAUUCUGGAAGUACGACGAAAGAAAACGGAAACUGUUAAAGGAUUAUCCUAAACUGAUCAAAGAUGUUUGGUCUGGAUUACCAGAUAAUAUAGAUGCAGCCUUACACACGCCAAAAGGCAACACAUAUUUCUUUAAAGGAAAAGAAUACUAUCAGUUUGAUACAUAUUAUUAUAAAAUGUAUCCUGGUUACCCCAAGCCAAUCGGUCCCAACUGGCUUGGGUGUUCUAAUAAAGACAAUGAUAAUGUACUCUCAACUGAAGACAAUAAAUCUAAUUCUUUUAGUUUUAGAUGUUCUUAUAGUAUACUUUUGCUGUGCACGGUGCUAUGGGCACUUGUCUGCAAAUAUUAUUGAUGGUUUGUCAUCAUGUAGUCGAUCUUGCCUGUGUACUUAUUGUAAUAUUUUAGUUUCUGUAGAUAAAAUGCUGUUAAAAGUUUUAAUUGAUAUUGAGAAAAUUAUUAAUAUUUUAUUAUUUAAUUCAAAUACGAUCACAAUACUUAUGGUAAAUAAAGUACGUUCAAGUGUACAACAAA